AGGCCAUGUCCCACGAAAAGAGUUUCUUGGUGUCUGGGGACAGCUAUCCUCCCCCCAACCCUGGAUAUCCUGGGGGACCCCCGCCCCCCAUGCCUCCCUAUGGGCAGCCUCCCUACGCUGGGGGCCCUUACCCUCAGCCGCCUUUCCAGCCUACUGCCUAUGGUCAGCCAGGGUAUCCCCAGGGCCCUACUCCCUACCCCCAAGGCCCCUACCCUCAAGGGGGGUACCCACAGGGGCCCUACCCCCAAGGGGGUUACCCACAGGGGCCCUAUCCCCAAGGGGGAUAUCCACAGGGGCCCUACCCCCAGAGUCCCUUUCCCCCCAACCCCUAUGGACAACCGCAGGCCUUCGAGGUGCCGGACCCAGGCUCUCCUCUGCGGGGCAACUACCAGGAGGAAGGGCCCCCAUCCUACUAUGACAACCAGGACUUCCCUGCCACCAACUGGGAUGACAAGAGCGUGCGGCAGGCCUUCAUCCGUAAGGUGUUCCUGGUCCUGACCCUGCAGCUGUCGGUGACCUUGUCGUCUGUGGCCGUGUUCACAUUCGUCGGGGGCGUGAAGGACUUCGUGCGGGCGAACGUCUGGACCUACUACGUGUCAUAUGCCGUGUUUUUCGUCUCCCUCAUUGUCCUCAGCUGCUGCGGAGACUUCCGGCGAAAGCACCCCUGGAACCUCGUUGCACUGUCGAUCCUGACCGUCAGCCUGUCCUACAUGGUGGGUAUGAUCGCCAGCUUCUACGACACUGAGGCUGUCAUCAUGGCAGUGGGCAUCACCACCACCGUCUGCUUCACAGUCGUCAUCUUCUCCAUGCAGACCCGCUAUGACUUCACCUCGUGCAUGGGCGUGCUGCUGGUGAGCGUGGUGGUUCUGCUUAUCUUCGCCAUCCUCUGCAUCUUCAUCCGGAACCGCAUCCUGGAGAUCGUGUAUGCCUCGCUGGGCGCCCUGCUCUUCACCUGCUUCCUGGCAGUGGACACCCAGCUGCUGCUGGGGAACAAGCAGCUGUCACUGAGCCCCGAGGAGUACGUGUUUGCAGCACUCAACCUGUACACGGACAUCAUCAACAUUUUCUUGUACAUCCUUGCCAUCAUUGGCCGCGCAAAGGAGUAG